UGUUUCACUCCUUCCGUUUUCCCGUGUCAACAUUACGGGCGGAGGAAUAGUAUCCACAGCGCCCACCGCUGAGCUACGACGAUGUCGGAGCAGGAGUCUCUGAGGUGCUCCAGCGUCAGAAACCGUGGAGGUGUACAGAGGGUGGAAGGAAAACUGCGAGCCAGCGUAGAAAAGGGAGAUUACUAUGAAGCACACCAGAUGUAUAGGACAUUAUUUUUUAGGUACAUGUCACAGGCAAAACACAGUGAAGCCAGGGAACUGAUGUACAACGGUGCUCUACUCUUCUUCAGCUAUAACCAGCAAAACAGUGCGGCAGAUCUAUCCAUGCUGGUGCUUGAGGUGCUGGAGAAGUCCGAAAGCAAAGUGGAAGAUGAUAUAUUAGAAAACCUGGCAAAGCUGUUUAGCCUGAUGGAUCAGAACUCUCCAGAAAGAGUAGCGUUUGUGUCCAGAGCCUUGAAAUGGUCCACGGGAGGCUCUGGAAAGUUGGGCCACCCAAAGUUACACCAGCUGCUGGCUGUCACCUUGUGGAAAGAGCAAAACUACAGUGAAUCUCGUUACCACUUCCUGCAUUCGUCUGACGGGGAAGGCUGUGCGCAGAUGCUAGUGGAGUAUUCGUCAUCCCGAGGCUUCCGCAGUGAGGUCGACAUGUUUGUGGCCCAAGCAGUCCUACAGUUUCUCUGCCUAAAGAACAAAAACAGCGCUUCCGUGGUGUUCAGCACAUACACAGAGAAACACCCGUCCAUAGAGCAAGGACCUCCGUUUGUCCAGCCUCUGCUUAACUUUAUCUGGUUUCUGCUGCUGGCAGUGGAUGGGGGUAAAUUAACAGUUUUCACAGUCUUAUGUGAGCAAUAUCAACCUUCCCUGAAAAGAGACCCCAUGUAUAAUGAGUAUCUUGACAGAAUAGGACAACUUUUCUUUGGUGUUCCCCCCAAACAGUCUCCAUCAUAUGGUGGUCUGCUAGGAAACUUGCUGAACAGCCUGAUGGGAGCGGGCGAGGAUGACGACGGUGUGGAGGAAGCCCAGGAGGACAGCAGCCCCAUCGAACUGGAUUGAGCCUCUAGCCACGGAUGCAAAAGAGCAAAAGAACACACUUCACACAUGACACACAAACACACAAAAAAAGGGGACGACCGGUACACGUUUUCGGAGUUGUGUUGCACACAUGAUCCCCCCCCCCUAUAAUUUCAUUCAUCCAGUCCAAACCCACUCCGGGUAUCCGGCUACUUGGACUGAACAGCAGUAAAGAUAUUAUUUGAAUUACUUUUGUUAGACUCCCUGGUCAGAGUCUUUUACAACUUGUUGGACAGAACAGUAUUGUAGAUAUGAAGUUGUCUCCUGGACAGUGUUGUUUAUUACAGAGUCACCAUGGGGACACACUACAAUAUUCACUCCCUUGCCAGAUAGCUCAAUCACUGCUGUUGUCACCGUGUCGCCGCACCGCACCGCACCAUCCCUUAAAUAUGUCUUAGUAGUCAUUUAAAGUUGUCACCACCACCUCUCAGUUUCUCAUCUGUAGUAAAGCUUACGGUCAAUCUCAGCGUUAUCAUCUUGCACCUCCUGUCUCAUUUGUUACCAUCUCCAAGAUGAAUUUAGCGUGGUUGUGAACAAAUGUUAGGACUUUGGGGGGGGGUGGAUGGAAAUGCUCAUGUAUGUAAUGUUAAACAGUUCCUCUUGGAGGUGGUCACUCAUCCACCUCCAUCAUCCAUUUCAGUCAGGAUAUUCCCAACCUUUAGUUAUUGUGUUUGGCCUUGUCAGCAACAUUUGAUCAGUCACAUUUAAGAUUGAGUCUUCCAUUAUCAUUUGAAAUGUAGUCGGUCAGAAUAUUCCAGCAUUCAAAUUCCCUGAUAUUGUUUUCCCAUCUGGUUUCCCCAAUUUUAAGUACGGCUUCAUUCGGGGUCGCUCUCAUACAGUAAUCUAUUAUCACAGGCCAAAAAAUAAAUAAAAAAUUAGGCAACAAAGACUUUUGAGUUGUUGGUUGGGGGGGGGGCAGUAUAAAGCAAAAGGCGUGCAACCAAAUGUAGACCAAGACCAAGAGGAGCAGAGUUGCUGUUUUCAAUGAUACACUAACUGAGUCAAUAAACUACAACUGAGAGGAUGGAGACUGGCGUGAAACAAAUCUUGUCCUGUAUUUCUUUAUUGUACCAUGUAGUUUAUGGAAUUUGGCAACGGUAUACCAUACUUACAGU